CCAGUGGUUCUGCAGAGAAGAGCGCAUUUUCUGUGUGGAAAAGAGACAGAUAGGCUCUCGUUGCAUUGAAGCUGAAGCUAAAUAUCAUGUCAUCCAAGUGUCCAAAAUGCGAGAAAACUGUCUAUUUCGCCGAGAAGGUCACUUCCCUGGGAAAAGACUGGCACAAGUUCUGUCUGAAGUGUGAGCGCUGUAACAAGACUCUGACUGCAGGGGGCCACGCUGAGCAUGAUGGAAAACCAUUCUGCCACAAGCCGUGCUACGCUGCUCUUUUUGGGCCAAAAGGUGUUAACAUUGGUGGUGCAGGGGCAUACGUCUAUGAUAACCCCCCCGUGAACUCCCAGCAAACGAGCGCCGCAGUCGAGUCGGCCCCCAAAACAGAGGAGAGAAAGACCUCCGGACCCCCCCGGGGACCUGUCAAAGCUGCAAGUAUUACCAGUUUUUCAGGAGAGCCCAAUAUGUGCCCCAGGUGUAACAAGAAGGUUUAUUUUGCGGAGAAGGUGACGUCUCUGGGGAAGGACUGGCAUCGCCCGUGUCUACGUUGUGAGCGAUGCAGCAAGACCCUGGCUCCGGGGAGCCACGCAGAGCAUGAUGGGCAACCCUACUGCCACAAGCCCUGCUAUGCAACCCUGUUUGGACCAAAAGGUGUGAACACUGGUGGGGUGGGCAGCUACAUCUAUGAGAAGGACCCAAGCACUGAAGCCCAGCCCUGAGCAGCCCUGAGAAACGUGCAGCUCUAUAGCUCUUCCUGCUGUCCCACUACCUGGGGAAAAAACGUCCACAAACAGGGGUAGCUCUGCAGUCACCUGGACCAAAACAAUUCACGGGAAUCUGAAGAUUUCCAUUGGCUAAUAAAUUAUUCACUGGACCACACACUAUAAAUAUAUUCACUCCACCAAGGCCUCUUAUUAACCCUUUCAACACUGCAGACCUGUAUACAGGGCUUGGAAAGUAACUGCUAUACUGCUUUAGUAUAGGAACACCACUUUAAACACCAGACCAGUAUUAUUUGGCCAUACUUGUUCAUAAACCACUUUUUUUCAGUAUAAGACACUGAAAUUGGUUAAUAACCUAUUCUAGUGUUACCUUUCUGUAAAGUUUUUGAAAUAAUUAAAAGUAUAGUGCUGGAAGAAUUACAGAAGAAAUAUUAUCACUGGACCAUUGCAGCAUGAGACAAGGCCUCUCUGUGGUAAAAAAAAAAAGGGGGCUGCCUUUUCUUAAAAAAAAAUAAAUAAAAAAUUCCAAGCUAACCUUUCAAGCACGUCUACUGUGACAACCUGCUAUAAAAAAUGAAACCAAAUUUAUAUUGUUGGCCUUUUAUGUGGAUUCCAAAUCUUGAUCUGAUUUUGAGGAAUACCACACACUUGCCAAGUUAUCUGAAGAACAUUAUUUACAAGUGCAUGUCUGGAGUAUUUUAAUUUGUCUUAACAUUGGAAAAUGCAAUUUAUUGAAUACACAUUUUUUUUCAAUUUGGGUCUUGUAAAGUUCAUUUGAGGUAGUUGGGCACAUCUUUAAAGUGGACAAUGGACAUACACUUAUUUGUAAUUUAAUACAAAUUACCAUCACAUCACUAUGACCAGCAAAGUAUUUGGUUAUUAGGAAACAUCCUAAAUAACACAAGAGCAUGACCACCUCUAUACAGCAGAGGGCACUAGGUACUUCUGCUUGACCAAAACAUUUAUUGCCCAACUAUUUAUUUGUCUAACUGGUGAUUGAAGAACUACUCCUGUUGUUCUAUCUUUUUUAUUUUAAGUAAUAGUGCUAGUAGUAGAUAUUAGGCUACAAACUGCAAACUGACCUGUUGUCUUUUUGAACCCUAAUUAAAAAACAGUUCUUAUGC